AUGUCCAUCGAUUUUGUUGAUGAUUCAAAUCAAUUGUCAGCAUCGGCAUUGAUGUCAAUCAUCAUUUACGAUCUUUUAUUUACUGUACGAUCAUUAAAAUAUCUUUUUGUCUCUUCACCGUAUGGUCAGUCUAAAACAAUAGCAAUUUCACAAUCAUCUUGUUCAAUACAAACAUCCACUAUUGAAUGUUUAACAAUAAAAGGUAUUCUGAUUAAUCUACAUGAGAUUUGUAUCAUUGCACCAAGAUUACGACAACUCAAUGUUGAAUUAACUGUUAAUCAAAUUUUCGAUAUGAAUAUGAUUUUUCAACCACCUUACAAUUUACAACAAUUAUCAUUGACGAUCGGUCAUAUAACUAUGUUCGAGAUUAGACAUUUACUUGCACCAAUGAUCCGUCUUACUCAUUUGACUCUUCAUAUCAAAAAUGUCAAAAAUGAUUUAUGUAACGGUCAUACAUGGAUACAAUUAUUAACUCGAAUCAUUGUCUUUCAAUUCGUAUUUGAAAUAUCAGAUAAAAAUCAUGUCGAUCUUGAUUCGUUUCGUACACGAUUCUGGCUUGAAGAAAAGAAAUGA